AGAUGAGGGAACGCAUACUCAGACUUCUUCACAGGGGAAGAACACUCGUUGCCGAACUGUGGGAGCUGGCACUUGUGAUGUUGUUAAAAAGAGGAAGAGUUUGUUUCCAAUACGGAUGGAUCCAUCCCAGAAAUUGGUGGCAACUAUUGAGGCUUAGAAACUGUUCGUCUCUGAGAUUGGGUUAAUCACUCGCAAUAAAGCUCCAUUGAAUGUUUUAGGGAUGAAAAAAGUGAGCUUGGAGUCUAAGAAAGAUAUGGCAUUGGGAUUGCAGGUAAUCUUAUCUAAUACUGCUUUGUAGUAUGUGCAACUUAAUUCAUAAUUCAGGGACUUGCAAAUAAAAAGCUUGUGGCAAUAUAUACAAGGGUGAGUCAAUGUUUCUAUUUGCAUUGAAAAAUUAUAACUAAUACUUGUUUUGUUUAUGGUUAAUUGAUAUUAGUUCAUGUUUGAUGUGGACUUAACGGAUCCUAACUUGCACGAGCAACACCUCCCCCUGAAAAGAUGUUUGGUACUCGAAGGACUCUAGAAGAGUGACAUUAUUUGGUUGAUACGUUGUACACAAAUGAGUAAUAUCAGAAAGGUGAAAAUCCUACAUACAUUAGCUACUGGAACAACAUGUGUAUGUGUAAGGAUAAGAGCCUGUCGAUCAAUGAGGCUGCUGAAAUUAAAGGGAAGAUGUAUGAAGAGUAUAAGAAGGCCAAGCAACAAGUGGCAGAGAGUUUAGGAACUCCACUAGAUCAAAUCGCACUCCCUAUCCCACAACAGUUAGAGAUCAUGACUGCAGAACUUGGGGUUGCAAAGGGCAAGAGGAUUCGAGGCUUGGGUUCUAGUCUCCGAGUGGAGAGUUCGCAUAGUGGUCGAGUUGCCUCCUCUUUUGCUACAGAGAAAAAGGUUGAGGAACUUCAAGGCACAGUUGGUGAGUUGAAAGGCAUAGUUUGUGAGCUGGCACAGUGGGUAAACUUUUGAAUGUCAUUGAGUGGAUGCGGUCCUGUACCCUCACAUUUAGAUGUUCCAUCCCAGCAUACUGGUGAUUCUUCUUGUGAUGGUGAUCAAGGUAAUAGUGGUGGUUCACGUAAUGUUUAUGAUGAUCUUGAUGAUAUUGUAAAUAUUCAUUAGGUUGUGUGUACAUCUACAUACUUGAUGGUUUUUAUAUGUAGCAUACCUUGGGGGGUUCUAGAGGGUUUCUAUAUCUAGCUACUUGAUGGUUUUUGUAUCUUUAGCAUACCUUGGGGUUUUUUGUAUCUAGCUACAUUGAUGUAUGCUUAAACUAGUAUCUUCUGAACAGUAAUUAUGCGAUUUUUAUUAAUUUCA